CAUAUGGUUUGGGCAUUUCUUCACCGGAUCCGACAGAAUGCAGUGGACAAAGCUGAGAAGUACAUAACAGAGGAGAAUGUUAAGAUCUUAUUUUCAAACAUUGAAGACAUUCUUGGUGUUCACAAGGAGUUCCUGGCUGCUCUGGAAUUCUGUUUGCAACCAGAACCCCAGUCUCAGCAUGAACUGGGAAAUGUUUUCUUAAAAUUUAAAGACAAAUUCUUUGUGUACGAGGAGUACUGUAGUAACCACGAGAAAGCACUCAGACUGCUGAUGGAAUUGAACAAGAUCCCGACAGUGAGAACAUUCCUUCUGGGUUGCAUGCUUUUGGGAGGCAGAAAGACAACUGACAUUCCACUAGAGGGUUAUCUGCUGACUCCAAUUCAGAGAAUUUGCAAAUAUCCUCUUCUGCUAAAGGAAUUAGCUAAGAGGACUCCCUCUAAGCAUCCUGAUCACCCAGCUGUCCAGAGUGCACUUCAGGCAAUGAAGACAGUCUGUACAAAUAUCAACGAGACCAAGAGACAGAUGGAGAAACUGGAAGCCCUUGAACAGCUGCAGUCACACAUUGAAGGAUGGGAGGGGUCAAAUCUUACAGAUAUUUGUACACAGCUCUUGCUGCAAGGGACUUUAUUAAAAAUCUCAGCAGGAAACAUCCAGGAGAGAAUGUUCUUUCUAUUUGAUAAUCUCCUGGUCUAUUGCAAGAGGAAAUCUAGAGUUACUGGGAAAAAACCAUCUAAAAGGACAAAGUCAAUCAAUGGAUCACUUUAUAUAUUCAGGGGCCGAAUAAAUACAGAAGUAAUGGAAGUAGAGAAUGUGGAAGAUGGAACAGCAGAUUACCACAGUAAUGGCUACACGGUGACAAAUGGCUGGAAGAUUCACAACACAGCCAAAAACAAGUGGUUUGUCUGUAUGGCCAAGACUGCUGAAGAUAAACAGAAGUGGCUGGAUGCCAUAAUCAGGGAAAGGGAGCAGAGAGAGAGUUUGAAACUGGGAAUGGAGAGGGAUGCAUAUGUCAUGAUUGCAGAGAAAGGAGAGAAGCUGUACCAAAUGAUGAUGAACAAGAAAGUGAACCUCAUCAAAGACAGGAGAAGAAAAUUAAGUACUGUUCCCAAGUGCUUUCUUGGCAACGAGUUUGUGUCGUGGCUUACUGAGAUUGGAGAGAUCAGCAAACCAGAGGAGGGGGUCAACCUGGGACAGGCACUGUUGGAAAAUGGAAUCAUUCAUCAUGUUUCAGAUAAGCACCAGUUUAAGAAUGAACAGGUGAUGUACAGAUUUCGCUAUGAUGAUGGAACAUACAAGCCAAGAAGUGAAUUGGAAGACAUCGUAUCCAAGGGGGUGAGGCUGUACUGCCGACUGCACUGCUUGUAUACUCCCGUGGUAAAAGAUCGUGACCACCACCUAAAGACGUACAAAUCAGUAAUCCCUGCAAGUAAACUAGUGGACUGGCUUAUUGCACAGGGAGACUGUCAGACUCGGGAGGAAGCUGUCGCACUGGGUGUGGGACUCUGCAAUAAUGGCUUCAUGCAUCAUGUAUUGGAGAAAAGUGAGUUUAAGGAUGAAUCCUUAUAUUUCCGCUUUUAUGCUGAUGAGGAGAUGGAAGGCACCAGUUCCAAGAGCAAACAAUUGCGUAAUGACUUCAAGCUCGUGGAAAACAUCCUGGGAAAGAAUCUUCUGAUUUUACCAGAAGAAGAUGACUAUGGAUUUGACAUAGAAGAAAAGAACAAAGCAAUUGUGGUGAAGUCAGUUAGACGAGAGUCUUCUGCCGAGAUGGCUGGCCUGCAAGCAGGAAGAAAAAUCUAUUCCAUCAAUGAGGAUUUAGUAUUCCUACGCCCGUUUGCUGAGGUGGAAACCAUCUUAUCCCAGUCCUUCUGCUCACGAAGGCCACUUAGGCUUCUGGUAGCCACCAAAUCAAAAGAGAUUAUUAAAAUCCCAGAUUGUCCUGAAGCACUUUGCUUUCAGAUCCGGGGAGCAGCACCACCAUAUGUUCACGCAGUAGGAAGAGGUUCUGAGGCUGCAGCCGUAGGUCUUCAUCCAGGGCAGUGUAUUCUGAAAGUUAAUGGGAAUAAUGCAACACAUGGAAAUUACAAGGAAGUUCUGGAGCACUUCACAGCCUAUAGGACCAGGCAGCAGGAAGCACUGGGGUUGUACCAGUGGGUGUACAGAACACAUGAAGAUGCUGAAGAGGACAGAGUUCGGCAAGCAGCAUCCCCUGUGUGUCUGAGUGGCAGUCACCCAGGCUCCAGCAAAGACAACUCUGCACUAGAAGGAUAUGCAGAAUUGGAGCCCCUUCAAAGCAGCCAACAGGAAUCAGCCCAGACACCACAGACUGUUCUUUCUCCACUGGUAAUCGGUGAAGAAACUCCUCUCAUCAGCCUGACUGUGGAUAACACCCACCUGGAGCAUGGGGUGGUGUAUGAAUAUGUUAGCAGUGCAGGAAUCAAAUCCUUUGUCCUGGAGAAAAUUGUGGAACCAAAAGGUUGCUUCAAUCUCACUGCAAAGAUUUUAGAGGCCUUUGCUACAGAGGACAGUCAUUUCGUAAGGAAUUGCGAAAGACUUAUAUCCCUAAGCAGUGCCGUGGCCACCAUGCCCCAGUAUGAAUUCCGGCAAAUCUGUGACACUAAGCUGGAGAGCAUUAGCAGGAGGCUCACGAGCUAUCAAGAGUUUGCAGAUGAAUUGAAAACGAAGGUGAGCCCAGCCUUCAAACAAGCUGUUAUGGAACCACAUUCUCUCAACAGCAUGGAUUUCUGCCCCACCAACUGCCAUAUUAAUCUCAUGGAGGUAUCAUACCCCAAAAGCUCUACCUCAGCAGGGAGAUCGUUCAGUAUUCGCAUUGGACGGAAACCUUCCAUUAUUGGUCUUGAUCCAGAGCAAGUAGGUACCUUAAAUCCAGUCUCAUAUACUCAGCAUUGCAUCACCACCAUGGCUGCACCAUCCUGGAGAUGUCCAGCCCCAGAAGAUGGAGAUCCUGAUGGUAGCCUUGGCCAGCAGAAUGGAGGAACAAUUCGGAAAGAAAGGGGACUCAGUUUUCUGCUGAAACAGGAAGAUUGGGAGAUGCAGGACUCCUACUUGCACCUUUUUAACAAACUUGACAUUGCAGUGAAGGAAAUGAAGCAGUAUGUCAUUCAGAUAAAUAAACUUUUGUCCACCAUAACAGAACCUACAGAAGCUGGUGCCUGUGAGGCACCAUCUACUGAGGAGACAUCCUCGCCUUCCCUGGGAACAGAAGACAGUGAUCCUGACAAAGCUGAGCAUGGUGGAGUCAAGAAGGUCUGUUUCAAAGUUUCUGAUGAGGACCAGGAAGACUCUGGACAUGACACAAUGAGUUUCAGAGACUCCUAUAGUGAGUGUAACAGUAACCGGGACUCCGUGUUGUCCUACACCAGCGUGCGGAGCAACAGCUCUUACCUGGGCAGUGAUGAGAUGGGGUCAGGAGAUGAGCUUCCCAAUGAUAUGAGGAUACCUUUAGACAAACAAGACAAACUUCAUGGCUGUCUGGAACACCUUUUUAAUCAGGUUGAUGCAAUCAAUGCACUUCUAAAAGGACCAGGAAUAAGUAAGGCCUUUGAGGAAACCAAGCACUUUCCCAUGGACCACAGUUUGCAAGAAUUUAAGCAGAAGGAAGAAACUACAGUUAGGUGCCGGAAUAAUAUUCAAGCCAGCAUUCAGGAAGAUCCAUGGAACCUUCCACUGCGCAUCAAGAACCUUGUUGACAUCAUACAGAAACAUGUGGAAGAUGGGAAGAAUCAACUGCUUUUGGCCUUGUUAAAAUGCACAGAUACUGAGCUACAGCUGAGACGUGAUUCCAUCUUCUGUCAGUCCGUUGUAGCUGCUAUUUGCACCUUUUCAGAGCAGUUACUGGCUGCCCUCAACUAUCGGUACAACAACAAUGGGGAAUACGAAGAGAGCAGCAGAGAUGCCAGCAGAAAAUGGCUGGAACAGAUAGCAGCCACUGGAGUUUUACUGAACUACCAGUCUCUUCUCUCCCCCACUGUGAAGGAGGAGCGCACCAUGCUGGAAGACAUCCAGGUCACUCUGGCUGAACUAGACAAAGUUGCCUUUUUUUUCAAGCAACUGGAUGAAAGUCUUGUAGCAAAUACUCAUGUCUUCUACCACAUCGAAGGAAGUCGUCAGGCCUUGAAGGUUAUCUUUUAUCUUGACAGCUACUACUUCUCCAAACUGCCUGCUCGGUUUCAGAAUGGGGGAACCUUGAAACUGCACACAGUUCUCUUUACAAAAGCUCUGGAGAGUACAGAGGGGCAAUCACAACCAGCUGGUUCAUCUCUAGAAGAACUCCCACAGCAAAUUAAUGGUAUUUCACUCGAAAAAGUGCAGCAAUACUACCGUAAACUCAGGACAUUUUACCUAGAGAGAUCAAAUUUGCCCACUGAUUCCAAUGCUACUGCAGUGAAGAUUGACCAGCUUAUUCGUCCUAUCAAUGCAAUGGAUGAGCUUUGCAGGCUGCUGAAGUCUUUCAUUAGUACAAAGCCAGUGCAGUCGGGAUGUUCCAGCAAUGCCUCCUCAGGAGCUGGCCUGCUGCCCAUAUCCUCUGAGCUCUGUUACCGGCUGGGAGCCUGUCACAUCACCAUGUGUGCCACUGGGAUGCAGAGGAGUACACUGAGUGUGUCCCUGGAGCAAGCAGCCAUACUGGCCCGCAGCCAUGGACUCCUGCCCAAGUGUAUCAUGCAAGCUACAGACAUCAUGCGGAAGCAGGGACCAAGGGUUGAAAUCUCUGCCAAGAAUCUGAAAGUGAUGGACCAAAUGCCACAGCAUGCACCUCGACUCUAUAGGUUGUGCCAGCCGCCUACAGAGGGGGAUUUAUAAGAAGAAAGAGGCACCUCUUGGCAGCCCCACAAGAGCACUCCGCUCUGAGGAGCCCUGGCCGAGGACCCUACGGACUGACCCCAGUGGUACUGCUGUGCUCUGGAGUAGAGAGACCUGCUGACCCAAGCAUCAGGAAUCUGCCUUCAAACUCCUGGAGCCCAUGCAGGAUCCAUGUAUUUCUUUGACUUCUUGAAGAAAUUCUUGAAGCGAGCACCACAGGCAGGAAUGGCUGCUGCCAUUUGCCAGAUGCCUGGAAAAUGACCAUUAUUCUUCAAGAAAGCGCAGUUCUCCUGGCGACUUGUUUGUGCAACCACCAGAAAGUCGUGGACUUCAAGAUACAGCUUGGUUCGGAAAAUCAUGCUGGACACGCCUCUCUCCCUGUACUGCCCCAGGCACCCAUUUAACUGCCAGCAGGUUUUUGGACAAUAUCCUUUAGUGGUAGUUUCAUAAACCCCUCUUUUUCAAGAAAUGACCUGCACUUUUGAGCAAAGAAUAGCACAACUUAUGGUUUAUUCAAAUAGGAACAUAAAGAAUUUCUUCUGGAGUAAUUUUCCACUUCGGCCCAGUGAGAGAAUCUCUCUAUGCUGCAGAGUAUACAUUCCAUAAUAUUUCUUAUCAUUAUUUAAUUUCACUUACUGUAGCUUUCAGGUUUUUGAUUAACUCUUUUUACUAAUGCCCUGUGAUUGUGUACUCUGGAAUACAGUGCUAGUGAAGAGGAGUGUAAGAUUUUUAAGAGAACAUUAUAACGAAAAAAUACAGUCUUAUAAUCUGA